AGCUUGAUUUCACUGCGCGUUAUUGUUUGGCUAGCGCCGACCGAGGUGUUCCUGACGCUGUGGAAUCUGUUGGUGUGGCAGCACUCGUUGUUUCGGGCCGUGCUCAGUUCGCUGACGUUGCAAAUGCUCGCCAUCAUCGUGGUCCUGUACAUUGCCAGCGUGUACAUCCUGUGGCAACCCCAGCUGUCCACGCCCUUCCUACUGGUCGGCCAAAUGCUGUGGGUACUCAUCGUUGCGUACGGGUGCAGCUUCCUUGGCGCCCUCCAAGUGCCCGUGUUCCUGGGCCUGCUCACGUACGGCGCCAUCGGCCUUAUCUACAACAUGCGAAAGGACGAAAAGAACGUGAGUUUCAUCGACAAGUGGCACAGUCUGUUGGACGUGACGAGCUAUCGGUUGGACGAGGGGAAGGUAGAGAUUACGUCGCCGGUCAACGGGGGUGACGACACGGUGAAUGCGUCGCGGAUUGAGGAAAUUAAGGCGAAGAUGGUGCUGGAUGUGACGACUACGCCGCAGCUGUCGAGCACGAUGAACGAUACUAGAAACACUAGUACGACUGCGAAUGCAACCGACACGCUGAACAAGACGACUCCGGACGCGCUGGAGAGUGACUCGUACUUCCGAAUACUGUUUUACGCCUGCGGAGCCACCCUAAUCUGGAUGCACACGUGGAUCCUGUUCCUCGGAAUCAUCCCCGUCAGCUUGCACCUGAUUGUGCGAGUCGCCGAAAUGCUCGGCAUCAUCCCGUACUUCUCAACCAUCAUUCAAACCUACUGGGAACUGCUCAAAAGCUGGCUCUUCCCGCGUCACUCGGCCCUGCUCCCACUCUGCCUGCCCGGAAUCCUCCGUGUCAACGGGAACAUCCACCGGUACGUGUGUGCAAAAUUGCGCUCGUACAUUGACGACAUCAGCUCGGUGGUGAUGAUCGGAUUUCUCAGCGUGCUGGUCAUGCUGGUUAGUGUGUUUGCGUUUACGCAAAUCUACUCCGAAACCAUCGCGGUGGCGCAGCUGGGAAGUAACCUGGUCAACCGGACGUUGACGCACCGGCCCGAGCUGAUCGAGAUGCUGCCGAUUGACAUGCAAUCGAUGGACGACAUCCUGGACAACGCGUACAAGUACGGCCGGUCCCACAUCGAGCAGUACGUGGACGACAUCUUCAACGAUACCGAUCCGACGCAAGCGAAGAAGCUCAAGUGCCAGAUCCUGAGCGUGUGGGACCGAAUCAUCCAGAGCUGGAUGGACCGUAACAACGGGGACGGGUUGGUUGGGCCCCGCGUCACCAGCCAGUCGAUUCAGGCUACGAUCGAUGAGAUCUUUAUCAAUCCGAUUACGAAAGCGGGAAUAAUCGGCUUCGUGAAGAGCAACAUUGGGAUGUUGCUCGAGGUGGCCGAUUCCUUGUGGAUGUUGUUGAGGACGAAUCUGACGCUGCUGGCGUCAGCAAUUGGGACGUUGGUGUCCGUCAUCUUAGGUGGAGGACACGCCGUGUUGAAGUUUCUGUUCCACACGAUCAUCUUCUUCACGACGCUGUUCUACCUGCUGCAGAGCAGCCAGGACCGGUACGCCCCGACCGGCAUCACCAUCAACAACUCGUGGGGCCCGCGCAUCAUCCAAGCCCUCGAGGACUCCAUCUCGAGCGUGGUCGUGGCCACCCUCAAGCUGGCCCUGUUCCACGGUCUCUUCACCUGGCUAACGCACACCAUCGUGGGUGCCCACAUCGUGUACCUGCCGGCCGUCCUAGCCUCCAUUCUGGCCGCCGCCCCCUUUCUCGAGACUUACUGGUGCAGCGUUCCGGCCUUCCUCGAUCUGUGGCUGUCGCAGGAUCGCUUCUGGCUUGGGGCUUUCCUGGUUCUGGUCCACUUCAUCGUUCCGUCCAACUUUAACCCGAUCAUCCACUCGGAGAUCAAGGGUGGUGGCCACCCCUACCUGACCGGCCUCUCAAUCGCCGGUGGAAUGUACCUGUUUGGGUUGGAAGGUGCCCUGCUGGGACCGCUUCUGCUCUGCCUCCUAGUCGUACUCUUCGAGGUCACCAUGAGUGCAAUCCGCGACUCGCCGAUUACGCCCCAGACGCGCAAGUCCAGCUUGGACACCAACAACGAGCUUUACUCACCCGCGACGACUUUGUGUAAAGAGUGGCAAGCGUUUGUCCACGGGGAAGACAAACUAUCGCUACGGUACCUUCCCCGAGAUGGUGGACACGUCCGGAGCGGGACUUCUAGGCUUUCCGCCAGCUCAACGGCAUCAUCCGUAGAGGACCUGCUGGGAGAGGAGUGAGGAGGAGGAGCGGCUUUUUGGUUUGUGCCAAAGUGGAAUUGUUCGGACGUCGGACUUUUUUGUAAUAGUUGUACGAAGGCUAAUUGAUUAAUUUAGUGGUGCUUAAGCGAAAUGCAGAACAGGUUAGUGCAUUACGGAAACAUUUGGACGAGCUUUCGCUGUAGUUUUAAACUAUUAUUAGAUGUUACCAAAAUGAUCGGAUCAUUAGUAAAUGUAGGUUGAACACACAAAAUUGAGCAAAUUAUUUUUGAAACAAGAUCUUCAAGUUAAGAUCUGAACGAUAGUAUUGAAAAAAUAAUAAUUCCUGCUUAGAUUCCAUUGGCAUUUUUAAACUUAAGAGGAACAACUCGAUGAAAAAGUACCACAAAAUCGUAGUUACCUGAACUGCCCAUGUUCGCAUAAAUGUCCCAUAUGCAAAAACAGCAAGCUGAGAAAAACGCAUUUGAAGUUUGUCCCACACAUAAGGCUACGUGUUAAGUUUUCACAAAAAAACUGGAUUUCCUCCUGAUUUCUAGAACAAAGUACUGGAUGUUAUAGAUGUUGAAAGAGCACACGAUUUUGAACCAAACUGCAUCAAUAACUCAAAAGUGAUGAAAAUGCAAAUGGGACAUUUAUGCGAUCAUGGGCAGUGAAGAAAAGUAGUGAGAAAAAUUUAUGAUUGAAAAAUAAGAGUUUUUUGAGUAAAAUAGAUUGUUUCUUAAACUAUUUAUAAAUUGACUAGUACACUUAACCCCCGGUUGCUAGUCACUUUUUAGUUUGUACCCCGUUGGUUUGAAAAAAUCAAAAUGAAAGUGACGAACUGUCACUUUAUUUUCUAAAUACGAUUUAAGGGGUUACAUACAUGUAGAAAAUCACAAAAUUUUAUAUUACUGAAUAUUUGUUAAAUCCACUCAAAAGAUGAUUGUUAAUCACUCCUGAAAGUUUCAUGAAGAUAUUUCACGAUUAAAUUGAGUAAGAGGCGAUUUAUGCUCAAAAUUUCGCCAUGCGCAGAGUGAGCUGUCAAACUUUGUUGGCGUUUUUCCCUAAACCCCGAGUUGAUUUACGGGUGCCACGGUAUCUCGAGAUGGGAUGGACCAAAUUGGCUGAAAUUUGAGGUGAAGACUCUCAAGAUGUAUCCCGUGUGCGUGGCGAAGCCCUUAUUUUUAAAAUCUGCUUAAAAAAAUAUAUAAAUCAAAAACUAACGGAUUUUUAUAUGAAAAACACAAAAAUAUUUUUUACUUUUUUUAAAAUAAACUUUUUGAAAAUCGUGCUUCGUCAUACACACGGAAUCGGUUUAACGAGUCUUCACCAAAAUUUUGAGCCGAUUUGGUCAAGACAGUGUUGAGAUAUCGUGGCACCCGUUUUUUGAAACUGCUAACUUGAAAUUGCUAUAUCUCGGCAAUGAUGCAACCAAAUAUCUUCAAAUUUGUUUUGUUAGAAGGUGAAAAUGUAUAUUUUAAUGCCCUGAAAAAAGAUUUAAAAAAAAGUUAAAAUGUGUGCUCAUACUAAUUUCUGACUUUUUUGCC